CUGGAUAACUGAUUUAAAUUAGAUUGAUGUGAUUUAAUUGUGAUGUAUUACAGUGUCAGUGCUCAAAAUAUGUUAUUUGUGCUCGUGAAAUAGGAAUAAAAUUGGACUAGAACAAAUCUAACUGAUAGUUGUGCUAAGCCAGAACCUUGGAAUUACGGAACAAUCGAGGCUCAUGUGCUGCGCUUAAUGUUGGAAUUUACAGACAUUUAAAGGUAGUACUCUAUGUGACGGUGUUUGGGAAAUUGCUGACCAAAUAGGAGUUUAAGAUAACGUGUGAUGAAAAUAGCUGGGAAAUGAUAUAUUGAGAUUGUUUACUUUGAAACAACGUGUAUAGAAAGGAGAUAUAUAUAAUCCUGAUCUAAACGAUUGAACGGCAAUACUGAAGGAACACACAUUACUAUCGAUCUGUCAAGAGCGUCCCGCAAAAGUAAAUAACUGAGUGUCAUGAAGGACAGCGUAUGCAUACAUAAAAAGGACGAUUAGAAAUGAAACUAUCAACCGUACCCCACGAGAACCACAGAUGAUUGCUAAAGAUAGAUGAUUUCCAAUGUUUAACACUGAUGAAAAUGUGAUGUUUAUGUUAACAAGAACGGUACCGGUCAUAUUUAGAGAUGUUGUAUUGGUAUGAGGCAUUGCUGCUAUACAUCGUUUAUAUCAUGGCGCCGAGUAGUGGAAUAGAUCCAUCCAAAGAAGCUUGUAACGCUUUUGAUAGCGAUUACUACAAGGAGAAAGCGUGUGAGUGCGUGGUGUUCCAGAGUCUAGGCCUGUCCCACGGGCAUUUCCACUCCCCUAACUACCCGAACCGCUAUAGACCUGGUCUACACUGUAUCCUCUACACAUUCAUCGGUGACAUGAACGAGAUAGUCGAGAUUAAGUUCCUGAAUAUGGACCUCAAGAAACCGGAGACACGGCUCGCAUUCCCGAUAGGAACAGAAACCGGGUGCUCUGACCGGAUACGGAUAUACAAGAACCUAGACCGACCGGAAGUGAACGAGGAUAGCCGAUACGAAGAUGAGGUUUGCGGAACGCUUGCUGACAUGGACGAGAAAAAGUUCUUCUCGAGCGGGCGCGCGCUUAUACUUGAAUUCCAUACCGAUCCUAACUCUAUGGAAUCACAUUCGGGCUUUAAAGGCGUUUUUACAUUCCUUGAAAAGAGUUCAUUUAAGACAGAUGGUAUAUUACAAUACGGAACACAGUGUACAUAUGACAUUCAAAGUACUUACAAUCAUACCAGUGGGAAAUUCUUCUCACCACGCUACCCUCAGAAAUACCCACAAUCAUCGAACUGUAGAUACAUAUUCAUGGGACAGGAGUCCGAGAAAGUGAAAGUCAUCUUUAGAAUUAUUCGUCUACCUAAACAUAUAUCAAGUUGUGACAACAGCGAGGAUGUUAUAAAGGUGUAUGACGGCGCUAACGACUCAGCAAAGCUGAUCAAACAAUUUUGUGAUACUCAUAACCACGAGGAGAUCUACUCCUCCGGUCCCUACAUGUACGUGGAGUUCAUGUCGGACGAUUUCCAUGAGAAACAGGGUUUUGCUGCUGAGUUCCAGUUCGUCGACGCCAGCUGGACAGAUCCUAUCUCUUCUCCGUCAGAUGGCGAAUCCGUCAGAAUAUCCGGACCUGAAAUAAGUAAAUCUGCUACUGAAGUGCAAAUGUACGUCAAAGAAGGAGACAAAGUGGAGAAGUGCAACGAGAGUUUUGUGAGCAAGCCUAACAAAAAGAGUGGUACCAUUCUUAGUCCGAACCACCCGCGAGUGUACCAGCCAGGUAUCAUCUGUCAGUACGAGUUCGAGGCAGCCGCACAAGAGAGGAUCCAGCUGAAAAUCUCCAAGCUAGACCUUUACUAUUCUGGUGGAGACCCAUAUGAUCCGUAUGGGUGCAGUCACCAGGACAGCCUGACGGUAUUUAUCUACAUCGAUAACAAAGAGGUGAAGCUUAUCGAGUUUUGUGGGCGCCAGGCCACGCAUCCUCUCAUGUCCAACGGACCAAGGAUGAAGGUCGUCUUCAAGAGCGAGAGCUCACAGAAGGACAGUAACUCAGGAUUCCAACUUGACUAUAGCUUUAGAACAGAUUUUGGUGUUCAGAGUGACGGAGAACAAGAUGAUAGAAAAGAAUGCACAUUCAUUCACGAUGGAUUGAAGAUCCGCAACGGUACAUUUACCUCUCCUAACUAUCCCGGGUUAUAUCCCCGGAACACAAUAUGUGAAUAUAUUUUCCAUGGAGUAAAGAAGAGUAACGAGAAAGUGCAAAUCUCCUUCGCUAACAUGUCGCUGUACGGGUUUGGAACGUGCGAUGACAAGACAGAUAGCGAUAGUGUCUCUUUCUCCAACUUCCUCAACACUGUAGACCGGAAGCUGCCUAAAUACUGUGGCCAGCGGCCUUCCUACCCAUCGGUAACCUCCGAAGCAGCUUUUUUCCGGGUCACCUUCAGAUCCAAUGCUAUGUACGACGCCAAUGGGUUCAAAGCGAAUUUUAGAUUCAUUAAAGACGUGGUAGAGCAGGACACACCUUCAACCACAUUUCCAAAUCCAGAGCCGAUUGGGAGUGGUGCCCGGCUCAUUAAUGGGAACCACAGCUUAAUUGCAAUCGCCACACUUAUUUACAUUUGCCUGUCUGUGAUACCUACUGCAUUUGACGUCUAAAUAAUGGAGCUCCUUCUGUGCGAUUGUGGUCCGAACUCGGUGAUAAACCAUUAGAAGUGAAGAUAAUGGAGCUCCUUAUGUGUGUUAUUGUGUACGUAGUCGGUACAGGACAGAGGGAGCUCUUUCUGCGUGUUUUUGGAUUCGCAUUCGGUGAUAAACAUGACAGGACGGCAGCCCGUCUGUAUGAAAAAAAUGACGGAAAAAGUAAUCGCAAGCGAAGAUGCAAUCACAAUUGUUUUUCUUUUAUUGAAAAUUAACACGUUCAUAAAGUUCAGUACUGGUUGCACUCAUCACAAUAUGCAUUCAUAGAUACGCAACAUAUCACGCUCAGAUUUGCGCAUGGUUUUUCGGAGCACGCUCGGUUAUUUUACGGACCACUACGGACAUUACCGAGUAGUUGCGAUUGGUUAAGGAGGAUAUAAAAUCUGCUGUAAAUGUUGGUUCAGUGUUCAUUUUGUGUUUAAUGUGAAAAGGACAAGGUUUGUAGUUGAAUUUUUUGUGUGUGGGACCAAUUGUAAUGAAAGAAUCGGUCAUAUUCUUCUCAUUUUCAUUAUAUUUCAAAAAUGUGACUAUAUACUAAAAUAUUUUUUGUUUACAAGUUAUUCCAUCCUUGAUACUCUAUAUAAAUCAAACAGCUAAACAUGUGUUACAAUACCAUUUCUUAAAUAAGAACUUAUUUUGUUUCUGUUGCUAACACUAUAUAUUAUGAUUUAUAAAUGUUGUAUUGCAUAUUCAGUAGAGGCCUAAUGCGCAUAAUUAUGAUAUCUAGACAAAUUACAAUUUCAUGCAAAUGUUCAGUAGUUACUGUUGUAUCAUUAUCAUACUAACAAACAUAUUCAUUUGUGAGAAAGGACCGUUGUUGUUAUUAUCUGAUCUAAAUAAAUGUCUAUAUACUUCUCGUUUGUACAUAAUCUAUGUGUGUAUCUCAAGAACCUAUCUGUUUUGAUGUAUUAAACUCUUAUGAAUUUUACUUUGCAUUUGAAUAAAAGAUUUUA